AUGGAGCAGUCUCUAUGCGAUACCUGCGCCAGGAUAAACAUCGAAGAACUUGUCUCCAAGCAGGGUUUUGCACUACAUAAGAACCUGCUCAAUCUCUACAAGUCUCUGAGGACAUGCCAACUGUGUCGCCAUGCACUGGGUAGCUUGAAGCCUCUUUUACCGCUCAACUUAAGAAGCAUACCUUGUCGUCAUGCAAUGAGACAUCUGAGCUCGGAAAGCUCAAAAUCCUCUCUUUCCGAAUCGAAUCAGAAGCUUCUCGCUACUCAGCAGGCUCGAGCCUUUUAUGGACAACAUGACCACACGAAACGCGGCUUGACCAUAGUGGUUUCAGACGUCGACUGUGAAACUCCCAGCGAGCACGAACGAAGCAUUCCCUGGCUUACGAUGAGAACACUUCCUGGGGAUCCUGCUCAGCGAUCAGGCGCCGAGACCGCUCGACUACUACCAGAAAGCACCUCUAGCUUGACUUCAACUGUUCAUGCUUUGGAGUGGCUCAAGGAAUGCCUUUUGAGCAAAGAUUGCUUUGAAGAUUGUAAACACAUUAUUGACAAUGAUCUCCAAGAAUGUCUCGCGAAGAUGCAUGGCAAUAGUAAAGAAUUGGAAUCACUUUUUCUGUCAGAAGGACUUGAUGUGUUGCUGCAGACAAAAGAGGCACGACGGUUGCAAUUAUGCGAGGACAUCCAGUUCUUACACCAGCAAAGGAGCCUCUCGCGAGGCGACGCACUUGUUGAAGAAGAGCGCGCCGCGAGACUUGUUGAGAUCAUCGAUACAGACCGAGGUACCAAGAUCAAGAUAACCCCGGGCUCAGUUGGAUAUUCGUCGUAUGCCGCCUUGAGCUACAGAUGGGGCGGCCUGGAUGCUAUCUGGCAAACUACCACCAAGAACCUCGGCAUGCGCCUGACAGACUUCAAUAUUUCUGAGCUUCCCAAGACGCUGUCUGAUACUGUUCAAGUUGUCAGAAAUCUUGGCCUGAAAUGGGUUUGGAUCGACAGUCUCUGCAUUGUUCAAGAUGACAAGGAAGAUUGGGCAAGGGAAGCCGUCAAGAUGGCUUCCAUUUACCAGAACGCCGUCGUCACUAUCUCUGCUGACUCGAGCCAAGACGCCAAGGCAGGGUUACACAACGAGAGGUCUUCUUCCAUUCUCAAUGACAAGGACAGCAUGAAGAUCUGUAGCAAACUCUCAACCAACGAAGAAAGCUCGAUCUUUCUGUUCCCAGAUCAAGAGACAAGAAUCGAUCGCUCGGCUACCAAUCUGCGAGAUAUAGGUGAUCUUCUAAGCCACUGCGCGCUCCGUGACAGAGGAUGGACGAUGCAAGAGCGAAUUCUGUCCCCGCGCAUCAUUCACUACGCCGAAGACCAACUCUAUUGGGAGUGUUUACACGGGAUCCACGAAAGCGAGGACGAGCUUUACUCAAUAGGUCGUAAUGUGAACAUCGCAAAGAUAGCGCAUCGGAUUAAAUCUGCGGAGAACAAGGAAGCGAAGAAGAAAGAACUCAAGCAGAUGCUGCGCUACUGGUAUGUUCACCUUGUUGGGGGAGACUACUCGCAUCGUUCUUUGACGUACAUCGACGACAAACUACUCGCCAUAAGUGGAAUAGCCAAAGCCCUUGACAGCAUUCACCCGUUUGGCUACAUGGCCGGCCAUUGGUGCGAAGACGAUGAUGAGCUCGUGAAAAGUCUUUGCUGGAAGCGCGGUGGACCAGGCAAGAAGGCGGCCAAGUAUCGCGCGCCAUCUUGGUCAUGGGCCAGUCAAGAUUCAGCAAUUGAUUAUGGUCAUUUCAACAUAGUAGGGACUCUAGGUGACACGAUCGUCGCAGAGCCUGUGGCUAUGGAAGGUCAAAGCCCAGAUGGCACUCCAUUUGGUCGAUACGAUAACGGGUAUCUUCAGAUCAAAGCCAUGGUCGGACACGGGAAAUUAUUCCCAAACUGCGGGCAUGAUUUCAGCAACUAUCAACAGACUGGCGCUUUCGGUGCUUACACUGUCGAUCCUCUGAAGGAGAGAUGCGCGUUUCUGCUGCUCGAUGGUGGAGAAACGUCUGAUCUAGUCUGGCUAGACGAAAGCCAGGCAACUAAAGAGCCUAUCACAGAGUCUAUAGACGUUCAGGUCGUCAUGCUUUCGGAGGUGGAAUCUGAAGGAGAAGGGCCACGUCCUGGAGCUUGCUUGAUCUGUACUUUGGACGAGAAGUACUACUUGACGAGGAUUGGAUUCACAGAGUCUCUGAAGUAUUACAAAGAGGGACGGGAUAAAGAGUCACCUCCGGUUUCUGGCCCGCGUCUUUGUGACAAGAAAGCCAUUACUUUGACCUUAAUCUAG